AUGAAAGCCAAAUUACAAUAUACAGGUUCAACAACAAUAUCGACAACAGAGAGUAAGGCGGAAAGUUUUGUCUUAAUUUGGUUGGAUGAAAACAUCAUGAUGAACUACGAUACAGUUGAGUCUGAGGAAAAACUUCGUGCUAUUGUCAACUCACUAGUUACUUGCCAUAAAAUAAAUGAAGCCAUAGACUUUAUGAAACAAGUUCAAGAUCAACAAAUUUACUUGAUCGUAUCCGGCAAACUUGGAAAACAACUUAUUCCUAUGAAUGAAAUCAUUAAUUCUUCUAAAUUGAAUUCUAUUUAUAUUUUUUGUCAUGAUCAAUCCGAAUAUACAGAAUUAAUGGAACUUUCCAAUAAAGUACAUGGUAUCUUCGUUGAUAUUGAUCCAUUAUGCGCUCGUUUGAAAGAAGAUACAGAACAAGCAUUGAAAAAUCUUCUACCUAUUUCUACCAUAUCGAAAACUUCAGUGGACGAGAAUAAUCAAGUCAAAUUUCUCUGUUCACAACUUCAUCGUGAUUUACUUUUUACUAUGGAGUAUAAUAAUAAUGCAAGAUUCGAACUCGCUGACUUUUGCUCCAAUAUAUAUAAAUCCACUCCGGCUGAACUCAAAUCGAUUGACGAUUUAAGAACUAAUUAUCAUUCUGGAAAAGCAAUCUGGUGGUAA